GAGCAAAAGUUCUUCGUAAAAGGACAAGCUAAAACACAAUCGAAUUAACAUUCAUUUGUUUAAGAAAAAGGAUUCGAAAUAAAAAAUGAAUAGAUUAUAUAGCAAUACUUAGUUUUAUCUAAAAUAAAGGAUAUAUAGCAUGCAACACUAGCAGAGUGCGCUAGUCGUAUUGUUUUCGUUUAUCAGCUGAUCGGUACGCUAGUUUGCAUGACAAUCGUUUUAUAUUCUGAUUAAUUGUUGCAAAAUAAAAUUCAUUAAUAUAUCAUUAAUUCGAAUUAAUGGUAUAAGCGUAUACAAAUGUCAAUUUUUAAGUGUUCAUUCGUCAUACAAAACGAUUAUUAACCGUACUAGAAAUUUUAUUUUGAUACCAUGGGAGUUCUUGGUUUAUGGCGAUUAAUUGAUGCUACCGGAAAACCAGUUCCUUUGGAGACAUUGGAAGGAAAAGUUUUAGCUAUUGAUGUAUCGAUAUGGAUUCAUCAGGUGUUACAAGGAUAUCAAGAUCGUCAUGGUAAUCCUAAGCCCAAUGCCCACUUAAUCGGAUUAUUUAAUAGAAUUUGUAAACUGUUGUACUAUAAAAUCAAACCAGUUUUUGUGUUUGAUGGAGGUGUUCCUAUGCUUAAGAAAUCCACAGUCGCUGCACGCAGGAAGCAGAAAUCUAUCGCUACUAGUAAGGCACAAAAGAUGAAGGCAGAUUUGAUAAAUAACUUGAUAAAGCAUACAGUUGUGAAAAGUGUAUUGAAUAAGAAAAAUGUGGAUGGAAAGAUUGAAUCUUCUGAAAUAUCUACUAAUAUUUACAGUAAACCAUCUGUAAAUGAUGUUUUCAAACUACCAGAAUUAACUAAUAUAGAUGAAAAGGACUAUAUAAGUAGCGAUGAUUCAGAUUCAUCUAUGCAAUUAAGUCCAAGAAAGCAAACCAAAUGGAUGGGCAAUAUACAUAGCGUAGAUCUGUCUACUGCGGAAUUUAAAUCACUGCCUGCCGACGUGCGUUAUGAUAUUCUUACAGAUCUUAAGGAAACUAGAAAACAGAGUUCAUGGGGACGUUUACAUGAAAUGCCUGAAGAGUCAAAUAAAUUUUCUACUUUUCAAAUGAAACGUUUAUUAAAACGUAGAUUUGUACAAGAAUCACUAGAAUCUGCUGAGAAAGAGAUGGGAGGUAAAACCUUAACUUUGGAUGAAUUAGAGAAAUUAUUAACUGAACAGGGUGUGCAGACUAAUAGAGACAAUGCAUAUCGUAUUGCAUCGGACAGUACAUCUAGAGUGAUUUAUAUUAGUGAUAAAGAUACGUUAAUUCGAAAUACCACCGAGGAUAAAACAAAUAAGGAAGAUGUCUUAAACAGAAUAGAUGAGGAAUUUGAACCUGUUGCAGGCCCCAGUGGCAUUGCAAUAACUCGUAAAAGCUUAAAUGAAUUUCAAUUAAGCGACGGAGAUAGUGACAGUAAUUUAACAAGCUAUAGCAAUUCUGUACCUAUUAUUGAAAAUAUGAAUGAUUAUGAAUUUGGUAGUGAUUGGGAAUCAGAAACUGAAAAGAAUGAAUCUUUACCGCUUCCUAAAAAGUAUCAGAGCAAAAAUAUCAUUAACCCUGCUUUGACAUAUAUGUUAGAGCAUAGUAAUUUAACGCAAGAACAAAUUAUGCAACUUAUAGAGCAAACUAAAAAAGAUAAUAACAAAAAAACUAAUACUCAUUCAAGUGCAAGUACAAAAUCAUUACCUAUAUUAGAACCAAGUAUAAACAAUACAAAAAAUGAAAAGAAGGAACAGCAAAAAAGUACUGAAGAAAAUUUAAUUGAUUGCAAUCAAAUCGUGGAGAAGAAUAUACCUAUGUGUCCAUUAGAAGAUUCUAAUUUGGAUAUUUCUACAGGAAACAUUGAAAAUAAUAGUAAUUUUCAGUUUGUAGAAAACAAUGAUAAAUUAACUUCAGACGAAGAGAAAGUUGAAUGCCGCUCACAACCUACUACUGUUCCUACAACAUUAGAUACAUAUAUGACUGACUCAGACUCUGAUGAAUUUAUUGAGAUACCAGAUGUUCCAAUACCUAAUUCAAAUAUUUCAAAAGAGGUUACUAAAAAUCAUGUUAUUGAAAUAGCAUUUAAAUCCAAUGAAAAAAUUGAAGAUGAUAUAUUUGCAGAUGUAUUUGAGGAGUCAAGUCAAGAUAUAUGUUCACAGUCUACCGAAUCUGUUACUCCUUCAUUAAUAGAACAGACUAUUUCAACAACUGUUUCUCAAGAUUUUAAUAAACAAAAUGAUAAGGAAGAAAGUGAAGUUUUAGAAACUUCGACAUCAAAAAGUUGCAAUUUUCAUAAAAUUUCAUUAGAUAAAAAUACAGAUUUGCACGAAGGGCACACUCAUAUAAUUCAAUCAAGUAACGUAGACGAAGAACAAAUUAAGAAAAUUCAGGAAAGCAAAAUUUUCAUGAAUGCAGAACCAGAGGUUACUUGUGAUACGGUUAAAUUAUCCGAGGAUACAACGAAAGAAAAACAUGAAGUUUUACCUAUAAACGAGACUGAACUUUUAGAGUUAAAGGCAAAUCUAGAAGAUGAACAGAAACAACUCACGGAAAAUAUCGGUAAAUUGGAGAGGCAAGCUACAGACAUAUCUGAUCAAAUAAGAAUCGAGGCUCAGGAGCUUUUACGUUUAUUUGGUAUACCAUACGUUGUUGCACCAAUGGAAGCAGAGGCUCAGUGUGCUUAUUUGGAGCAGAUUAAACUUACCGAUGGAACGAUUACAGAUGACUCCGAUAUUUGGCUUUUUGGAGGGCAAUGUGUUUAUAAAAAUUUUUUCAAUAACGACAAGAAAGUAUUGCAAUUUCAAUUUUGUGAUAUACAACAUCAUUUUAAAUUGACUCGUCAUCAAUUGAUACAAUUAGCUCUUUUGGUUGGAAGUGAUUACACUACAGGUAUACCUGGUAUUGGUCCUGUAACGGCACUUGAAAUAUUAGCUGCAUUCCCAACGCAAGGAGAUAACUUAUUACAUGGUUUAAUUAAUUUCUAUUUAUGGAUACAAAAAGAUAAAGCUAUAGAUUCUAGUAAAAAAAGUUUACGUAACAAGUUACGAAAUAUAAAAAUCGAAAAAGGUUUUCCAAGUCAAGCCGUUGUACAAGCGUAUAUGUUCCCUUCAAUAGAUGAAUCAAAAGAAAAAUUUACAUGGGGUCGACCUAAUAUGAUCUUAUUAUCCGAUUAUACGACCUUAAAAUUUGGAUGGAGUAAGAAUAAAUUCAAUGAGAUAAUAAAGCCAGUAAUAAAAAGAAUGGAAGAAUCUAAACAGCAACAAACAAUAGAAUCAUAUUUUAAAUUAAAAACGGUACCAAAAUCUAUCGAAAUGAAUCUAAGUAAAAGAAUUAAAAAAGCUGUUAAUAGCUUAAAUAGUGGAAAUAUAGAGUUGGAUAUUAGUGAAACUGAUACGAAUGAAAAGACGGGAAAGAGUGGUAACAAACGAGUACAUAAAAAACAAAAUAAAAAAGAGAACAACGACGAUGUAAAUUCUAUUAAAUCUAACAUUAUAAGUGAGAAGCUGACACCUAAUGUAUCUAUUGAUGAUAAUAAAAAAAGUAUUGAGGAAUAUAUACCACAAAGAGAAAAAGACAAAGCAAAUUCUUUAAAAAAGAAGAUGCACGCAAUAGAAAUAUUUAGAAAAUCGAAAUCUGGAUUAGAUAAAACAAAAAAGAUCAAACGUAAUAUUCGAAAAAUAGUACAAGAAGCAAAACUUUCUGAAAGUAGCGAUAGCAAUUAGCAGAUUAAAUGAUAGAAUUUAUAAAUGUAUCACUUGUAUAAUGUAUUCGUAUUGUAUAAUCUAUAUUUAAUUACCGUACAAGUUUUUACUUUUAUUUUACGGAAUGUGAAAUCGAGAAUGAAAUCAGUAUUGAGUUGAAGAUCUUUCACAGUUUAUGUUUUUGUUUCAUAUAGAAACAAUAUCAAACGAUAUAUUUUUGCAUGAAUUAUUCUUUCAUAUGUCGUGAGUAAUGAAUAAAGUGAAACUGUAUUUAUUAUUAUUAAAUUGUUCCUAAAAAUAUAAUAUAUUUUUUAUAAGACAA